UCAUGAUGCAAUGGCGAGUAUGAAAGCAUUUGUAAAUGUUUUGAAUGUUCGUGCUCACUAAAGUUAAUACCCUAAUAAGAAACUAGGUACGGGUAGGAAAAAUGAUGGCUAGUGCUGCAGCGAGAACUGGAGAAAGCAGCAGUACUAGCUCGGUUAUGAAUAUUAAAGAGAAAGAAAAAUACAUUGAAGAAUUUGAUUUCCCAUACUGUGAUGAGGCAACGAAAUACGAAAAGGUCGCCAAAAUAGGCCAGGGAACAUUCGGGGAAGUGUUUAAGGCACGUGAUAAGAAAAAUGCGAAGAAGUUUGUCGCGAUGAAGAAAGUUCUGAUGGACAACGAAAAAGAGGGAUUUCCAAUUACGGCGUUGAGGGAAAUAAGAAUAUUGCAACUUCUCAAACAUGAAAACGUCGUGAAUCUGAUAGAAAUUUGCCGGACCAAAGCUUCCCAGCACAACCGUUACCGAUCCACAUUUUAUCUGGUGUUCGACUUCUGUGAACAUGAUUUAGCUGGCUUGCUGUCUAAUGUUAAUGUGAAAUUUAGCUUGGGAGAGAUUAAAAAAGUAAUGCAGCAACUGCUAAAUGGCUUGUAUUAUAUCCACAGCAACAAGAUACUACAUAGAGAUAUGAAAGCUGCUAAUGUCCUUAUUACAAAAAAUGGCAUCUUAAAGUUAGCUGACUUUGGUCUGGCAAGAGCAUUUAGUGCAAAUAAAAAUGGUCAAGGGAACAGGUACACAAAUAGAGUAGUGACAUUGUGGUACCGUCCACCAGAACUUCUGCUUGGUGACCGCAACUAUGGUCCUCCUGUUGACCUCUGGGGUGCUGGUUGCAUUAUGGCUGAGAUGUGGACACGAAGCCCUAUUAUGCAAGGCAACACUGAGCAGCAACAGCUGACGCUUAUCUCACAGCUGUGCGGUUCCAUCACUCCUGAAGUUUGGCCUGGUGUAGAAUCACUGGAGUUAUACACCAGGAUGGAGCUGCCUCGUGGACAGAAACGCAAGGUGAAGGAACGACUAAGGCCGUAUGUAAAGGACCCAUAUGCGUGUGACCUCCUGGAUAAACUGUUAGUGCUUGAUCCAUCUAAAAGGUACGAUUCAGACUCGGCCCUCAACCACGACUUCUUCUGGACAGAUCCGAUGCCGUGUGAUCUUUCCAAAAUGUUGGCACAACAUACACAGAGCAUGUUUGAAUACUUGGCACCACCACGACGGCAGGGGCACAUGCGGCCGCACCAUCAUCAUCAAGGUGUCACGGGAGCAGCAGGAAUGGCUGCAAAGUCUUCGGCAUCUAUGGACAGUGGAUAUCAAGAUCGUGUGUUUUGAAGGACACAUUUUCACUGUGCUGUAGUCCUCAAUUUGUUUUCCAUUAUAAUGGCAAUUUUGUUGUGCUGUAUAAACUGUGUACAGUGCUUCUUGUGUUCAGUUGUAUAGAAUUUCUAUAUGACUAUGCCAUUACUGUAUGUGAUGUGACAGUGUCUCAAAAACAUUGGACUCAACUAUUGAGACUUUGUUAAAUUGCAUCGUUCCAGCUUAAGGCCAUAUGCCUUUUCGGAAACCACAACUAAAAUGCAAUUUAACUAGAAUGCUCUUGUAGAUAUAAUCAAAGGUGCUCUGUGGUAUCACAGUUGUACAUAAAAUUCCUAUAAUUUUUGUAGGUUAGGUACAGUGUAGCAAGGAUACAAUAAUACAUUCCUUGUAAGUAUGUUGCAUUCUUUGACUAUCCAUUCAUUGGAUUGAUAAACGAGCUUUUUCACUCUGUGACUGAAGUUUGUAAUUUAUGCUAUCACGGACUAUAUUCCCUAUUAAUCAGUGAUAUCACAGUGAUGUCGUUACUGAGUGGUAUUGGUGAUGAAGGGGUCAGGUGAGGCAAAUUACACAUCAGAAGUACAAGAAUUGUAAUUUUUGUAUCAACAAAAAGCAGUGAGAUCUCAGAGAUCCUCGUGUAGUAGACUAUUUAUUCAAAUGUACAUAACUGACAUAAAAUAUGUAAGAGGUUCUAAUCAUUUGCCACUACACAUAUUCUUAAAUGUGUAUGAUUACUGUUAUGCAGGUGACAUAUGCAAGGAAUAUUGAAGGGGGAAAAAACCACAUUGGAAGUCCACCAAUUUCAGGGAAUGGAGAAAUAUUGUAAAUACAUAGAACAACAUUUUCUUCAUAUCAUUGGAUAACCUCAUCUUGUGUGCCUUUUCUUAUUUGUUAUUGUUUAUCUGUUUUGUUACUGAAAUUGCUCAUGAGUGAGAUAAGGCACUUGCCAUUAAUUGGUAAGAAUUUACUGAGUUCCAUGAACUUAACUGCCAUGAAGUUUAUAAAUAUGUAUGAAAUGAAAUUAAAUGAAUGUUUAAAAAAUUA